CCUUCUCCUCAACUCCCUCUCCCGCCUCCGGCUCCCACAUACUCCCAGUCCUGCCCACUAUCUCCCGCAGCUCUGAUCGCCCCCCCACUACCCCCCAGCUCUCAUCUGCCCCUUCCCCGCACUGCCUCAGGCCAGCCGCCCGCUCCCCCGUCGGCGCGGCCCCUUUAAUUCCCUCGCUCCCCUCCCCCUCCCGGCCGCUCCAGCCUCCAUUUUCCAGCGGAUCCGGCACCUGGAGGCAGCGGCGGCGGGAGCGGCCCAGACCCCCCCCAGCCCGGGCAUGGCUGCCAACAUGUACCGGGUCGGAGAUUAUGUCUACUUUGAAAAUUCUUCAAGUAACCCUUACUUGAUACGAAGAAUAGAAGAACUCAAUAAGACGGCCAAUGGAAAUGUGGAAGCAAAGGUGGUGUGUUUCUACAGAAGAAGGGAUAUAUCGAGUACGCUUAUUGUAUUGGCUGACAAACAUGCAAGGGAAAUGGAAGAAGAAAUGGAAAACCCAGAAAUGGUUGAUUUACCAGAGAAACAGAAGCAUCAGCUAAGGCAUCGAGAACUGUUUCUCUCGCGACAGUUGGAAUCUUUACCUGCCACGCACAUAAGAGGCAAAUGCAGCGUUACUCUGUUAAAUGAGACAGAAUCCCUUAAAUCAUAUCUGGAACGGGAGGAUUUCUUCUUUUAUUCACUAGUGUAUGAUCCACAACAGAAGACUCUUCUGGCUGAUAAAGGAGAGAUUCGUGUUGGAAACAGAUACCAGGCAGAUAUAACAGACUUAUUAAAAGAGGGUGAAGAAGAUGGAAGAGAUCAAUCAAAACUCGAAACAAAAGUUUGGGAAGCAUUUAAUCCGCUAAUAGACAAACAGAUAGACCAGUUCUUGGUGGUAGCACGCUCUGUUGGUACAUUUGCCCGGGCCCUAGACUGCAGUAGUUCUGUCAGACAGCCAAGUUUGCACAUGAGUGCUGCUGCAGCUUCCAGGGACAUCACACUGUUCCACGCUAUGGACACUUUGCACAGAAAUGUCUAUGACAUUUCCAAGGCGAUCUCUGCCCUUGUGCCACAGGGUGGGCCAGUCCUGUGUAGGGAUGAAAUGGAAGAGUGGUCUGCUUCCGAGGCAAAUCUCUUUGAGGAAGCACUGGAAAAAUAUGGAAAAGACUUCACUGACAUUCAACAAGAUUUUCUUCCAUGGAAGUCCUUAACCAGCAUAAUAGAAUAUUACUACAUGUGGAAAACUACAGAUAGAUAUGUUCAGCAGAAACGAUUGAAAGCAGCGGAAGCAGAAAGCAAGCUAAAACAAGUGUAUAUACCCAACUAUAACAAGCCAAACCCCAACCAGAUCAAUGUAAAUAAUGUCAAACCAGGAGUGGUAAAUGGUACAGGAGGACAGGCACAGAACAUGGGAGCAGGACGGGCCUGUGAAAGCUGCUAUACCACACAGUCUUACCAGUGGUAUUCUUGGGGUCCCCCUAACAUGCAGUGUCGCCUCUGUGCAUCCUGUUGGACAUACUGGAAGAAAUAUGGUGGCUUGAAAAUGCCAACGCGAUUAGAUGGAGAGAGACCAGGACCAAACCGCAAUAAUAUGAGUAUUCAUGGUGUGCCAGUGCGAAACAGUGGGAGCCCCAAAUUUGCCAUGAAGACACGACAAGCUUUCUAUCUGCAUACAACAAAACUGACCAGGAUUGCCAGACGUUUGUGUCGAGAGAUCUUGCGUCCUUGGCAUGCAGCAAGACAUCCCCACCUGCCCAUCAACAGUGCAGCAAUCAAAGCAGAAUGCACAGCACGCUUACCAGAAGCAUCAGAAAAUCCAUUGUUGUUAAAGCAAGUUGUUCGAAAGCCUUUAGAAGCAGUACUGCAGUAUUUGGAAUCUCAUCCAUGUCCUCCGAAACCAGACCCCGUAAAGAGUUUGUCCAGUUCUCUUAACAAUCUGACUCCUGCCAAGUUCACACCUGUCAUAAACAAUGGCUCCCCAACUAUCCUGGGAAAAAGAAGCUAUGAGCAACACAAUGGGAUGGAUGGCAACGUGAAGAAGCGCCUAUUGAUGCCUAGCAGGGGUCUGCCUAACCACGGACAAACCAGACAAAUGGGACCAAGCCGAAACUUGCUGCUCAAUGGGAAAUCAUACCCAACAAAAGUCCGAUUAAUUCGUGGUGGAUCCAUGCCUCCAGUGAAAAGGAGGAGGAUGAAUUGGAUUGAUGCUCCAGAUGAUGUGUUUUAUAUGGCCACUGAGGAAACCCGGAAAAUUCGCAAGCUGCUUUCAUCUUCUGAAGCGAAGCGAGCCGCCAGACGCCCUUACAAGCCCGUUAUCCUUCAGCCAGUCCAGGCAGUCCAGUUACGACAACCCCUGAAUGAUGAACCCAUAAUAAUUGAGGAUUAAAACAAACUGAGCGGCCCUCACAAUGCCAGUGGGUCUGCCUGAAAGAAUAUCUCCUCUGAUACAUACUUGAGUUUUUAUGGCUACAGUGUUGAACUAACUGCUGAAGAUUGGAAACCUUUAAGGAACGGUUUUGCAUCUUUUAAACCCCUAAAAGGAACUCAGCCCCAUCUGAGCCCUGAUGACCACAGACUGCGCGCUCUCUCCUGUGCACGCUCUUUCCUCUUCUCUUCUCUCCUCUCCUCUCCUCUCCCUUUUUAUUUUUGGUAGCCUAUUUUCCCCUCUUGCUUGUAGAUUACUCUGCCUUUUUGUAGACAUGUGGGAGGGAAGAUCAGUUUAACUUAUUAAGAGAACAUGGAAUAGUAAUUUUUAGCUUUGUUUCCUCUGACCUUUGAAGAGCUAGAAUCCUUUGUUUUGUGACUGAGCUCUCGUUGCUAACCAUUUCUACGAGGCUGUGUUGUAAGAUUUUUUUUCUUUUGUGGACGGUGCCAUUUUUGUUUCGUUUUUGUUAUUUCUUUUGUAGAUAAAGUUUUGAUCUGUAACUCAGAUAUUUGGAAAUAGAGGAUUUGAAAGCCAGCUACAGGUUCAGCUAGUUUUCUUGGUUCUGUCCCUUGUGUUUUUUGGAUAAUUUGGCAUGGUCAAUUUUGCUUGUGCUCAGGCACAAGACAGAAACAACUCAGGCUGAAAAAGGAGUGAGCUAAGAACUGAAGAAUCUUGCAGAACAUUACAUUAACACUGAAGAACUGAGGCCAAGUUACUGGAACUGGCUGUUUUAUUCCAGUCAGUCCCAGGGAAAUCUGGCCUGUGGCGUUUUUUACAGUAACCAGAAUUUUGUGUGCUGCCUUCUGUCCGCUUCUGGAAUCCUACAUGCUCUUAUAACAACAAGGACCAGCAGUAGGCCCUCUAGUGCAACUAGUGUAAUAAAUUGCUUUGCUCCGGCUCCAAGAGUCAAGUCCACCAAUGCCCAGGGACAUUUUGCUUUGAAUUCUGAACCUGUUUGUGCAUCAGUGUUUUUGGACACACCUCUCCAUGGGAAGCCUGGUUUCUGUUAAAUUACAUUACUGUACAUCUCCCAUCUUGAAGGGAAUUUAAAGUUAAAUUACAACUGGGUUUUAAUUAGAACAGACUGUGUCUGAAAUUGUUUUUCACCUUGACAUUUUUGUGUUUGAGGUUUGUUUUGGUUUUUUGCAUCUCCUGAACAUAUUAUGUAUUAGCAAGUAUGUAAUUUUUUUCAUGUCUUCUCAUGGCAGUGCAUUUGCAAAAUGCCCUGCUUUGUUUUGACAGGUUGUGAACUAUCAUUUGCAUCUUGUGUUGAUCUGUACAUGUACCUGCCUCAAGCAGACACAGCACAUUAUAAUCCCCAAGUCAUUCCAUAUGUGUCAGCAGUGAGAUGAGCCAAAGUUGUAUUUGGGUUAUCACAGUCCAGCCGUGAUUCUGUGCAACACUGCUACCCCUCUGGGUGAAGUCGAAAGGAAUCUCCACAGAACAAAAACAGUUCAGUUAACUUUACUUAAUAAACCUGGAACCUGA